AUGACUGAAGGAUUAAAUAAAGAUGGAUGUCUUAGUAUUAAAUAGCAAAAUUGUAUUUGGGAUUUAUCAAGAAGAAAAUGUAGAGAAAAGAAGCUCAUUAUUGAUAUAAAAGAUGAUUCAUGUGAAUAAUCAAAUUGGUCUUCUCAUUUAUGUUCAUAAAUAAAUCUAGAUAAACCAUGUGGAUUUAUAAAAGAUGGUUGUAAUUUUAUCGAUAUUUAAUAAGCAAGAUGUACUUAAGAAGGAUUGAAUAAAUUUGCUUGUUUGAAUAUAUAAAAGUAUCCUUGCAUUUGGAUUAAAAAUUUAAAUGAUGAAAAUUAUCAUUGUGAAGAUUACAUUCCUCAUCUCUCCUGUAAUUAAAUUCCUUAAAAUGUCAAUUCUAAAGUUUGUUCAAUGGUUAAAGAAGGUGCUUGUUGUUAUAAUUUACAAAAAUUGUAAUGUGAAGUUCCGAAUAAAAAUGAAACUAAUUGUGAAUUGAUGGGAUUAAAUAUUAUUGGGUGCGUUUAAAUUGAAAUGUGUUUUUUUGAUUAAAAAUGCUAAUUAUUAAAUAGAAAUAAUUAUAAAUGUGAUGAUUUUCCAAUAGCUAAUAAAUUAAUUUGUAAGAAUGCUAUUGAUUCUUGUAAAUAUAAUGAAAUUGUUUAUGGAUGUUCAUAUGCUUAUGAUGAACUUUGCUCAAAUGAUUCUUUAAGCAUGAUUGCAUGCUAGAAUUAGAGACAUUGCUCAUAUUUAGAUAAUAAUUGCUAAUGUAAAUAAUACAUUGAUAAUUAUCAUUGCAAUUAUAUUACUAAUAUUGAAAGAUGUUAAGAAUAAAGCCAUUGUAUUUUUUUAAAUAACCCUUCAAAUAGUGAAAUUGAUAUUUAAUAUAAUCAUAAAUGUAGAUAAAAGACAUGUUAAGAUUUUAAAGCAGAUAAAUGUGAUAAUAAUAAAAUUCUAGGAAUUACUUGUUACUGGAACAAUUCUGAAUAAUGUUAAUCAGCAUCAAAAUGUGAAGAUAUAAUUCACUCUACUUAUGAAUGCUCUUAAUAUUAAUUUAAUGGUAGGCCUUGUUAAAUGAUUAAUAAUAAAGGAUUUUGUGAAUAAUUUUCAUGUGAAUAUUUUAGUUAGGAACUUUGUUCUAAAUAUUCAUAAUUUUGUAAAUUUGAUUAGAGUUGUAAAACAAAAUAAUGUCCUGAUUAUAUUGAGGAAUAUUGCAUUUAAAAUGAUUGUAAUUGGAAUAUAAUUGAAGGAACUUGUUAAUAAUAAGUUGAAUGCUCUUAAAUUCAAAAUGAAUCUGAUUGUAAUCGCUAGAAAUACAAUAAAAGAACAUGCUUUUGGGUUAUAUAGAAUGAUAACUAAUUUUGCACUUAAAACACAUGUCGCCAUCUCGAUAAUUCUAUAUUAUGUUCUGGCUCACGUUUUGUUAAUGAAUAUUGUGUUGAGUUAAGUGAUUCUACUUGUGUAUCAUGUGAAGAAAUUUUAGAUAAAUGCGAAUGUAUUUAAUAAUCUAAAUAUUGUUAUUAUGACAUUGAACAAAAUAAUUGUAAGUCUAAGAAUUGUGAGUCUUUUAAAAAUUAGGAAGAAUGUCCUGAUAAUUUAUGUUCAUAUUAUGAUCAUGUAUCUUUUAUUAUUCUAUAUUUAGAAAUGUCAAAAUUAAUGUUAAUAUAUAUAUAAAGAAGAUCAAUGUAAGAAAAUUAAUAGAUGUACUUGGAAGAGUGAAUAACAGAAAUGUCAAGCAUUAUGUGAAAAAUUUUCAGAUGAAUCAUAAUGUUAAGAGAUGAAGGAAUGUUUUUGGAAUGAUGAUCAAUAGAUUUGCCAAAAUAACACCAAUUCUUAUGAGAUAGAAAAGGAAAUAAAAAGUCAUUUGCUUAGUUUAGCUUUAAUUUAGUGGGUUAUGAUAUGA